UAGCCAUACACCAACAGCAGGAUCUUAUUUUCCACUAAGGAUGAGUCCCAACAAUGCUGAUAAUGAAGGUACGAUUGAAGAGCCGUUGCUUGCUGGAGAUUUGUCAGAACAGUCUGCGCCAUCACCGAAGACCAAAAACAUGCUAUGCCUGGUUUCUGCAGUUACAUUUUUUGGCACUUUCAAUCUCCCGAACCCAUUGAAAGUUAGAGCAAGUUCUGUCUCCAGAAAACAGAGUGGACGUGUCAUUCAAGUUGGAAGAAAGCUUUUGCAGGUUGAUGAGGGAAAUGGUUUUUCUGGACAUGUUGGAGUUGGUAGUUUCCUUGGUUGGGCAAUGGCGGCUAUUUACAUGGGUGGAAGGCUUCCUCAGAUUUGCUUAAAUAUCAGGAGGGGAAAUGUUGAGGGACUCAAUCCAUUGAUGUUCCUUUUUGCUUUGAUUGGAAAUAUUACCUAUGUAGCAAGUAUCCUAGUCCGCAGCUUGGACUGGUCAAAAAUCAGGCCAAAUUUACCUUGGCUGGUGGAUGCAGCCGGUUGUGUCCUUCUGGACAUUCUUGUAUCCUUGUGGAUCCAGUUACAAAUGUAUCAAAAUCUAAGUUAG